AUGCGACUUGCUGAAGAGACACAGCAGCCAUUGCUUGAUGCUCAAAGAUGCUUCGCGGAGAGCAAGCGGCAGUCGUGCCCUGCUGAAGUGCUGAGCUGGAGGAGUUUUCAGUUCCUGACCCCCAAACAGCUGUUUAGAGCUUCCUGUCUGCCUUUCCAGGUUCUUGGCCCUCCAGCAAUGUCUUGGAAGGAGGGCAAUGUGGCACCACCUCAAGCCUGGAUCUGCAGCUUGGAUCACCUAGUGAUGACAGUGAAAAGCAUUGAGGACACAGUAGCCUUCUACUCGCGGGUCCUCGGCAUGGAAGUUGUCACCUUUAAGGGAAACCGCAAAGCCUUGCAUUUUGGGAACCAGAAGUUUAACCUCCAUGAAGCAGGGAAGGAGUUUGAGCCCAAGGCCCACAAGCCAGUUCCAGGCUCUCUGGACAUCUGCCUCAUCACGGAGAAGCCCCUGGAGCAACUGAUGGGGCACUUGAAGGCCUGUGGAGUGAAAAUCGAAGAAGGCCCAGUACUCAGAACUGGCGCAGUUGGUCCAAUUACAUCUGUUUACUUCCGAGAUCCAGACCAGAAUCUACUUGAGGUCAGCAACUAUAGCACUCUUACAAAAGAGUAAUUUCUCCUGUGGAAUAGGGCAUAUUCAGCAAUGGAAGGAUCAACAACCUGAUGUCUUUGCAUGCAAAAUUCUGACCUCUUGGAAAAGAGGCUCAGAAGGCAGUCAUUUUUGAGCGGACUUGGGCCUCUCUCACACAUGUCCUCAUCGGCACUUCCACCCAGGAGGGAUUGCAUCUAUUUCUGCCAUAUUCGUGUAUUUGGGGGUGCAACUGAAUGUGACAUUAGCAGGGCCUAACUGGGACUGUGUUGAUCUUAAAGAAACGGGGGGGUGGGGAGUGUUUUUUUAA